CUCUGGCUCACCUCUCAGAGCACUAACGUGAAGCUUGACGAAUCUGCUGCGGGAAGACGCGAGGGUUGCCUGGGCAGCUACCGUCAUGGCGGCGGCCGCCCCCAAUGCUGGGGCCUCAGCUCCGGAGGCGGCAGGUGCAGCCGAAGCCCCGCUGCAGUACAGCCUUCUUCUGCAACACCUGGUGGGUGACAAACGUCAGCCUCGGCUCCUGGAUCCUGGGAUUCUGGGCGGGAUCCCGAGCCCUGCCAAGAGUGAAGAGCAGAAGAUGAUCGAGAAAGCGAUGGAAAGCUGCGCUUUCAAGACUGCCCUGGCCUGCGUGGGAGGAUUUGUCUUGGGAGGUGCAUUUGGGGUGUUUACCGCUGGCAUUGAUACCAACGUAGGCUUUGACCCUAAGGACCCUUACCGAACACCGACUGCAAAAGAAGUUCUUAAAGACAUGGGGCAGAGAGGAAUGUCCUAUGCCAAAAAUUUUGCCAUCGUGGGUGCCAUGUUUUCUUGUACUGAGUGUUUGGUAGAAUCUUACCGGGGAAAAUCAGAUUGGAAGAACAGUGUCAUUAGUGGCUGCAUCACUGGAGGAGCCAUUGGUUUCAGAGCUGGUUUAAAGGCUGGGGCCAUUGGUUGUGGAGGUUUUGCUGCUUUCUCUGCUGCAAUUGAUUAUUACCUGCGGUGAGAGUAAUUGCCUGUGGGGAAGGAUGACACCAGCGCGGGAUCAGAGCUGUUCUCUGGAGGACAGUUUGUGCAGUGCUCCAAGGCCUUUGCUUAAGGGACUGAAGACAUUGUUUUCCCUCACAUAGUUGGUGAUGUGAGGGAGCCGCCAGGCUGCUUUCUGCCUCCAGCCUUCAGAACAGCCACACUCUCCUGCUCCUGGACUCCAGCUAAGCCUGACAGGAGAUGCGCCAAGUCAGACUCUCUCCUUAGAGCAGAUCAGAGGACAAUGUGUUGACGUGUAGGAAUUAAGCUCCACAAAAGGUUCAGUUCUGACCACAGCAGGCCCUCUAGGUUGUUUGGUUGUGGGCCAAAGGCGACUGCAUCUUAGUGUAUACCCAGGAAGCUGUUCUACCUUGGAACUUCAUGCAGUCAUUCAUCUCCAAUACCAGGGAAGGGUAAGGUAAAUUUAUGCCACCCAACCAAUUAUGUCGUUUGUUUAGCAUUCUGCCACCCUUGUUAAAAAUACAUAUAUAUUAUAGUUCAAAA